AUGCCACCUCCGAUCACCACCGCCGUAGCCCACCUCCGCCAUCGUUAUCAACCAACACCACCCACCGCCACCACCGCUACUACCUUCCACCACCGUCGCCACCGCUACCACCUCCAACCAUCGCCACCAGCCACCUUCGUCGUCACCCACCACCACCACCGCUCUCAUCGCCCGACGCCGUCUCCACUCGCCGCUGUCUCCACCAACCAACACCGUCGCCGCUACAACUGCCACCUAUCACCACCCACCAUCGCCGAUGCCACCUCCGAUCACCACCGCCGUCGCCACCCACCUCCGCCAUCGCUAUCAACCACCAACACCCACCGCCACCACCGCUACCACCUUCCACCACCGUCGCCACCGCUUCCACCUCCAACCACCGCCGCCACCCACCUUCGUCGUCACCCACCACCACCAUCGCUCUCACCGCCCGUCGCCGUCUCCACCCACCAACACCGUUGCCGCUACAACUGUCACCUAUCACCACCCACCAUCGCCGCCCAUCAUUGA